AUGGAACGCAGAUCAGCUUCGGAGACCAACUCCGACCAGACAAGCAUCCCAUCUAAAGCUCCAUCUCUAAGCUCAUGUACUUCCAACUCGAAAGAACCUCAUAACCAAACCUGCAACCCUCCACCGACACCACGACCCGAAAUCGCUCCCAACGGCGAAGUCAUCCUCCUCGUCGGCCCAGACCUCCAACCCAUCCGCGUCCAUGCUCUCAUCCUCGCCGACGCCUCCCCCGUCUUCAAGUGCCUCUUGCAACCCACAUCUUCAACCUACACCGAGCCCGCCGCCGUGCUCUUCGCUACCCCCGACUCCCCAGCGCACGUCACUCUCCCCGAAGACGACCCCCAGGCGAUCGAGACGAUAUGCCGCGUGCUGCACAGUCGCAUCGACGACGCCGUGUGCGACUUGUCUGACGACGAGGUGUUGAAGGUGGCUGUUGCGGCGGAUAAGUAUGACUGCACGGCGGCAAUGGGCCUCGCGGUGCGGCACUGGCUGAGGGCGGAUAAGUUGGAGGCAAUCAAGAACGCGGCGAGGGAUGGGUGCAUCGGGUUCCGGAGGGGAGAUAUGUUGUUGGCUGCGUAUUGGUUCAAGUGCGAGCCGGUGUUUGAGGAGCUCACGAGGUUGUUGGUUACGAGUACGGUGGGAGGGUUUGAGGGGCUGGUUGAUGGGCGGGAUGGCCCUGAGGAGGUUCUUGCUUGGAGACUUACGUACGACCUCGAAAGACAUAGGAACAACCUCCGCCUCUCCCUUUGGACCGCCAUCAAUGAACGCAUAUACGAGCCCGUAUCCCUGCCCUGGAACAUCCGCCCCCGUCUUCAAUACAAACGCAACUGGUUCGGCUCACGAGUCUAUGUCCCGCCGCUGCCAGGAACCCCCGACCUGCAGUACAUCUGCCAGCGGCUACAGGCGCUGGACCGCAAGACCUUCGCGACCGGGUUCAAGUACAUGUCCAUCAACGACGCUCUGUGUAGGGCGGUGGGGAUCUUGCCGGCGGCAUUUGAGUCGAUCAGCGGGUUGCGGAAGAUGUACAACCCAGACGCCGCGGGCGGGUGUCAUGGAUAUGCGGACGAAAUUGAAUAA